AUGGAUACCACCUUCAUUAUCGAUUCAUCUGAUUGUGACGACAGAAGCAAUUGGAAUCGCUUGCUGUAUUUCGUCCAAACAUUGGUAACUUAUUUCAAUGUGUCACCAUCUGGGGGUCGUAUUGCCCUGAUCCAGUUUAGCACUGGUGCCAAUGUGGUUCUCAAGUUCAGCACAUUAACAGGCAGCCUUCUUAAUUACGAGGAAGUCAACCGACGAGUCGGAUUGUUACAGUGCCAGGGUGGCUUCAGAAGGAUAGAUAAAGCGCUUGAUCUGGCUGAGAAGGAAGUAUUGACACCUGCGGGAGGAGUUAGAGAUAUAUCGAGGGUAAAUGAUUUUCAGUGCGAAAUUUAGAAAAGCAAUACUAGGGAGAUUGAAUAUGCGAAUUAAGCUAAUCUCUUUGUGACGGGAGAGCUUGCAAUGGAAACGUCAACUUUUUUUAAAUUCUUUAUGGUGAAACAUCUAUUUCAUCAAAUAAGGGAUAAAAAUAAGUUUUUAACUCUUAGCAACGCAAGACCACAGCUUCUUUUGAAACCAUCCCUCCAUAUCAUUUAUUUACAACGUAUCGAAUGAACAUGAACAGUGAAAACAACUCGGUGCGUCACUAUUGAUAUUCGUCGUUUAAACUCUCUAGUCCUCCACGAUCAGAAUACAAUCACAUAGUACAGUGUUUCAUUGUGACCUUUUUUAUUCCUCCAUUGCAGCCUGUACUAGUCAUCACCACUGGCAAGCAGACAGCAGACCAAGGAUUGUACACGCCUCUAGAUGUAGCAUCUUCUCGCAUCCAGAGUAAAGGAGCAGCCCUGUUCGUCUUGGGUAUUGGGAAAGACGUCGAUACUUCCGAACUGACAGAAAUUGCUUCUUCACCAGACAAUAUUUUUACAGUGGACUCCUUUAAAGAUUUGCAUAGAGAAGCUGAUGAAGCAAAACGAGGCAUUUGCAUUCUGGGUAAUUAGUGGUAUUCACUGAGUUUUUCUCUUUGCAGAGGCGGCGGAUUCAAGGACGAGGGCUUAAGCCCCUCCAUUAUAAAAGUAAAGACCUACUGAGAUUAAAAACUUCUUUCCCUGCCCAAAUCAACCAAAAAUUCAGUCCCACUACCUCAAUAUAUAUUUCUCUGUCCUCGAUUUGUCAGUUUUGUUGUACAUUUCCUAUUAAAAGACGAUCCGUUUUUAUUCUUUCAGUAACCCCAGUACCGACGUCACCAUUGGUAGCAUCGGCGCUAAGUAAGUUCAAGUGUUGUGCUGUUAUAUGAAUAAGUGAGGUACAAUCUUCUAGACGUUAACUCGGCGGUUAUUUGGAUUUUUAGGCAACACUUUUUAAUACAAUUUCCGAAAGUGACGACCCGAAAAAGGCUAUUUAUAGGAAUUUAUUCAAUAUACUUUGUGUGUAGGAUUUGGUGAUAAAGAUACGGUAAAAAGUGGAAACUCAAUAUAUAUAUUUUUUUAAACAGAAUCUUGCCCAAUACCGAUGGAUACUACUUUUAUUAUCGACUCAAGCGUUUGCGAUAACAGCGGCAACUGGAACCGUCUGCUGUACUUUGUACAAACCUUAGUAAACUUUUUCAACGUGUCACCCUCUGGGGGUCGCAUUGCUCUCGUUACUUUCAACUCUGACGCCAAAGUAGUUCUCAAGUUCAACACUCUUUCUGGAAGUCUUCUUAAUAGCACAGAGGUCAACAGACUCGUUAGUUCGUUGCAGUGCCAGGGUGGAUUAAGAAGAAUUGACAAAGCUUUGGAAUUGGCGGACAAAGAGGUCUUGACUACCGCAGGUGGAAUGAGAGACAUCUCUAGGGUAAUUUAAAAAGCUAAUAUUAACUGGGAUUGUUGUUCCUAAUUAGCUAGUUAAUUAGUUACAUAGAUUUCUUUAGUUUAUUUUAUUUAAAAAUAUAAUUGUUUAAAUUAAUCUAUCUUAAAUUAAAAUAUGUUUUUCUCGUGUAAACAGUCUUCGCCCUUCUUCAGGUUUAGGUUUAAUUGGGGAUGUUUAGCGGUUAAGCAUCGACAAGGAUUUCAUGGUUUCUCUCUUUUAAAGGCGUCUUUAAGACAAUGUCUCUUUUUUUAUAGCCUGUUUUAGUUAUCACAACUGGAAAGCAAACAACAGGCCAAGGAGUUUACACCCCUCUAGAUAUAGCGUCUUCUCGACUUCAGAAGAAGGGUGCAGCCGUUUUUGUCCUGGGUGUUGGCAGUGAUGUUGACAGUUCAGAACUAAACCAAAUUGCUUCUGGACCAAAUAACGUGUUCACAGUAGACUCGUAUAAGGAACUUAACAACAAAGCCAACGAAGCAAAAAGAGGAAUUUGUAUAUUAGGUAUUGUAUGCUAUGGUAUUUCUUCUUCAUGUAUUUAUCCUUUUCUUUGACUGUAAUACCUUUCGACGCUAGUGUGACCAAAAGAGAGCAACGUUCAAAGAACAAUUCCUGCACUGAAAGAGUACAUUCUCUAGUGCAAUGGAUAAUUUUUUUAGUUGUAUACCAAAAAAAAACAAUAAAGUAUUGAUGAAUUACAACAACAUGUGCCCUUCUUCCAGGAACCCAAUGCAUAAAAUAUUUUUAAAAGAUGAAAAAGUGGUUGUUAAUUUUGUAAGCGAGAUUGUUAAAAAAAAAAUGUUCACAAAUGUGUUAAAAAGACAGAUGCAUGAAAUUUUUCCUCAACUUUAACUUACAUUUGUUUUAUACCUUAGUGCCAACCGCGACACCGCAAGUUACGACUCCAACACCAACAACUCCAGGUGAAUGUUGAAAAGAAAUAAGAUUAGAUUAGAUUGCAAGCACUUUACCCAGAGGUUAAGGUUAAAGGUUGAAAUCUUACUCAUUAAUUAAUAGCUACUUGCCAAACGCCUGAUCCAAACGCCGGGACUUCGAAGUUACUUCGUAUUUCUUUAUUAACAAACAUGUAUUUAAACGCUUUGCAGAUCCUUGCCGAACCGAGGGCUGUAGUGCUCCAUACAACAUUGGCUGCAGAGUGGUGAACAACACAGCGCAAUGUAUAUGUCCCACUUGUCUCAAUCGCCGAAUACCUAUUUGUGCAUCUGAUGACGUCCAGGAUCGUACUGAAUGCCACAUGAGACGACAAGCCUGUUUGGGAGAUAUCUCUGUGACUGUCGCUAAGCAAAGUCCUUGUGGUAAGUUUUCUCUAAUCAUUGACAAAACUAAUCAACGACAUUUGGACCAAAACAAUUGA